AACAAGCUUUUAUUAUCCACCCCCAAGUAAUGAAAGAAGUAGAAGGACGAUGGUGGAUACAAUUAACUCCCAUGAUUCAUACCCGCAUUCAUUACCGAUUAUUCAUUGAUUCAUACCCGCAUUCAAAGUCAAGUACGGGAGGGUUAAAUCAUCAUGGCCAUCUCCAAGAAACAGAGUUCCCAACACCCUUCCUUAGAUCUUCGAUUUCUGGUUUUCCUGACGGCGUGCGCCUCAUCGGUUCUUGAUUUCCCGGCGGGGAGAGCGGAGAUGUCGGCGCGUUCACUCGACGCGCUUCUUCAAGAGCGAGCAUUCCGGGCGCUUGCUCGGCAGAGGACUGGCGUGCCCUGCGACGGCGAUGUGCUUCCCGGCCUGGCCGGGAUCGGAGUUUCGGCGGUGAGACUGAGGAGCGGGAGCAUGAGGAGGAAAGGGUUCAGAGACUUCAAUGAAUUCAGCAUUCCGGCCGGAGUGGCGGCGCAGCCGUACGCGGAGAGGCUGGCUCUCGUCUACCAUAAUUUAGGCAACUGGUCCGGCGUCUAUUACCCUCUGCCGGAAAGUUUCGUUUAUUUGACCCCUGUAUUGGGCCUCCUGGCUUACGACGCUACCGAUUUGUCGGCUUCGGAGGCGCCGGAGCUCGAUUUAUGGGCGUCGGAGGCGCCUUUUCUGAUUAAGUUCUCACGGAUAAAACCGGCUCCGGCGCCGGCGGAGGCCAGGUGUGCGUUCUUCGAUUUGGACGGGUCAUUGGAAUUCGAAAUUGUUGCCGACGGGAACAUAUGCAAGGGUACAAAGGAAGGACAUUUCGCCAUCGUCCUCGAACUGGCAGCUUCGGGACAAGACGGAAAACUCCCGGUGGCCCCGACAUCGACGGCAGCAAAAGCAGUGGCAUUAGCUUGUAUGAAGAAAAGAGGUGAGGAGAAGAAGACGCCGGAGGAGGCUUCCGAACGAGACGUGGAGUUGCAGAGGACGGCAGCCGGACACACAGUGGCGCCGGUGGUUUCCCGGUCUGAGAGAUCUCUUCUCUAUGGCAAGUUCAAAAGGAGGGAUGCUACUUUUGAUCCGGCUGCCCUGAUGCUCCCGGCCCUUUAUCAAGAAGAACCAUCUCCCCCUUUCCCCUUAGAAUAGGCUAGGGCUUAAAUUUCAAACUCUGAAUUUCUAAAGGCAUGGGGGAUGUCCGACCUUUGACUUAUGUAAUAUUAUUGUAUUUUGGCAUGCCUUAAAUAUUUACCGGUUUAUUUCUUUCAACUUGCAUGGUUAUUCUUUUCUUGCAUGGUUUGUUUCUUGCCCGGUUCUCAUUUUGAAGUUGCUUGGUUGGACUUGUUUUUCUUGAUCAUACAUGAUUGAACUUUCCAGCCCAUAAAUGUAACCCGUAACU